AUGAAGUUCUCUGCCGUCUUCACACUUGCGGCGCUCAUCGCAUCCCCCAUUGUCUCGGCGCUUCCCGUCCAGACCCCCGCUCGCCGUAAUGUCAUCAUGAGGCGCGCGGACGUUGGCGACGUCCCCGACGUCGGCUUCGCUGCUCAGGCGGGUCCGUCGCUCAUCAGCUAUAGCACGACCGGCGGCUCUGGUGGAACCACCACCACCGUCACCUCACUCGAGGAGCUCACCGCCGCUGUUCAGGGCGACGACCCCAAGGUCGUCAUCAUCGACGGCACCAUCACCGGCUCCGAGGUCGUCAAGGUCGGCUCGAACACCUCCGUGCUCGGCAAGGCGGGCUCCCUCCUCGACGGCGUCGGCCUGCGCGCGUACAAGGUCGACAACGUCAUCUUCCGGAACAUCAAGAUCCAGAAGGUGCUCGCGGAGGCGGGCGACGCGAUCGGCGUGCAGGAGGCGAGCAAGGUGUGGGUCGACCAUUGCGACCUGAGCUCGGACCGGGACCACGACAAGGACUUCUACGAUGGGUUGUUGGAUGUGACGCACGGCUCGACGGGCGUGACGCUGUCGAACAACUACCUCCACGACCACUGGAAGGCGUCGCUUGUUGGCCACUCUGACAACAACGGUGAUGAGGACAAGGCCCUCCAGGUCACAUACGCCAACAACUUCUUCGAGAACCUCAACUCCCGCGGCCCGUCCUUCCGCUUCGGCACCGGCCACAUCUUCAACAACUACUACUCCGGCGUCAGCGACGGCAUCAACACCCGCGACGGCGCCCAGCUCCUCGUCGAAAACAACGUCUUCGUCUCUUCCAAGAAGGCGCUCUACUCGACCGACGAGGGCUUCGCCGUCGCCAAGGGCAACGACUUUGGCGACUCGGAGAACACCGCGCCCGAGGGCACGCUCACGUCCGUCGACUACGAGUACACGCUGCUCGAUACGGCCGAGGUCGCCUCGUCCGUGCAGUCCUCCGCGGGCCAGACGCUCGACUUCAGCGCGUAAAUGGAGAGGGUGGGCGUGUAGCCUGCCCUCGCUGGUCGGGAGUGGGCGUUGAAAAGGGAAAACUUGCUCGUGUUUUUGCUGUAUUUUGCUACUGGGAAUUGCAUGCAUCUGGAAUCUGGACCUUGCUGUGGGAUGAAUUUGAAUGAAUGCGAAGGGGGGAAUCAUGAGUGGCCU